GUUAACAUAUGAAUUCUGUCAACAUUGGAAAAAGCAGGGAGAAAGAAAAACACUCCCUGCAAAUGCCUGUCUUCCAGGGAGAUUCUUUUCAGCUGGAGCAUUCAUAGAACUGGAGAAAGUGACAUCAUAACAGCAUGUGGGUAUUUAUCACAAAAUACCUUUUAAAUUAAUUUUCAUUUUGAAAAGAGAUUAUUAGCUUAAUGUAAGAUAUAGUUGACUUGAGUCGACUGAGUGUCAUUUGGGUUUGUGGUUAAAACUUCCUGAAGAUGAUCUAAAUAUGUUGGAUAAUUUUGCACUGGUGGAAGAAGCAGUCAUGGGCCUUCAUAAAUGCACUGGUCUUCACUUAUUAGUCUGUAUCACCACAAUUUUGACCCUUUGUAAUCAAAGCUCAGCAUGCUACCUGGGAACAGAGACAGAAUGUGAGAAAGCACCCUUUGUGCCCGGUUACAACCUUGCAGGUGAAGGAUUUGAUGUAGUCAGCCUGAGACGCAAAGGUGCCUAUUUGAUAAAUGUCAGAUCUUACAGAUAUGACAACAACACAUGUACUGUGUGCAAGAACCACUUCCAACAAGGACAGGUGCAGAAACUUCCCUUGACCGUUGUGGACUGGCGUCAAUCCAGACAAUGUAGAAAAGAGCUGUCAAGUUCUCUUCAUUAUUCCAUAGAUUCGCUUAUUAAAAGCUCCACAUCACUAAUCAACAAUAACUGGCGAGUGGACCUUACCCUGGAUGAUUGGGGUAAAGCUGUUUUAGGAGGGAGUCACUCAGACAUAGCCAAGUUUGCCCGAGAGCAGCACAUGAUGGACAAGGUGACCUUUGCUCUCCAUGAGAUCAGCUGCACUUAUUACAGCUACAGAGUAAUGGAUCAUCCAGAGCUCAGUGCAGAAUUUAAAAAACGUUUACAUCAACUACCUAGAAACUACGGUGUGAAAACUAAGUCCCAGUAUCAGAGGAUUAUUGAUACGUAUGGGACCCACUACAUUCGUUAUGUCAAAUUAGGAGGACGCAUGAGACAAGUCACAGCCUUCCGAACUUGCCUUGCAACCCAAAAGGGGUUUCUGGAGUUUGAUAUACAGAACUGUCUGAAAAUUGAAUUAAAAAUUGCUCUAGGGUUUCCACCUGCAAACAUAUCAUAUUAUAAUAAAUGCUCAAAGAUUCUCAAGGAUAACAUAAACAUGGGCUUCUAUCAGGACUUCUUGACAAAGAAGUUGGAGGUCCUGGGUGGUGAAAGUCUAGAUGACACGUAUGCAAACUGGUUCAAUAGCUUGCGUGAAAACCCAGAUAUAAUUUCAUAUGCCAUUGUCCCCCUCCAUCAUCUGGUUGCUGACUCAGAGUUGAGUGCCAGCCUCAGUAAGGCCGUGUCUGAGUACAUUGAAGAGAACAUGAUUCCUUUGGAGCAGAAUCAGUACCACAAAUGCAACCCAACACCAAACUUGGACCACAACUGCUGCCCUCUGCGAACAGGUCGUGGCACCUUGAGAGUGACUGUGCAAGGUGCCAGUGGUCUCAACGCUGACUUUUUCAGUCAAACCGAUGCCUAUGUCAAAGUGUGGUACAAUAACAUGUAUAAGGAAACAAACAUAGUAAUGAAUAAUAACAAUCCAGUAUGGGACAUUACUUUCAAUUUUGGUUCAAUAGAAUUCGGUCAUGUGUUAUUGAUUGAAGUGUGGGAUAGUGAUGUAAGGUUUGAUGACCUGUUGGGAAAGUGUUCCAUCUACCCUGAACGUGGAACUCAAUCAAAUAGCUGUAGCUUAAGCAGCGGAGUCUUUUUUUUCACGUACAGCACCCAGUGUGAUGCUUACCUGGAUGGCCACUGGUGUCAACAUUACUCCCCAAAAGCCUGAGAUGGAUCCAUGAGAAAAAAUAACAUUUUUCUUUUGCUUUAGCUUUUUUAUGUAUCUAUGCUUCAAAUAACCAAUAAGAGUAGAUAUGUACAAUGCACCAGUUUUAGAUUGUUUACUACUGUCAGCACUUUCUAAAUGGAACCAUGACUACAGGAAAACCUACCUGUUGAUUUUGCAGCAAUAUUUCUGGAUUAAAAAGAAUUUUGUACUGCAUAUAUAUAGUGAGGUCUGUAAAUAUUUGAACAUACCAUUCUUGUCAUUUUAACUGUGUAAUGUAAUAUAUCAUUCAUUCAUUCAUUUUCUACCGCUUAUCUGAACUUCUCGGGUCACGAGGAGCCUGUACCAUCGGGCAUCGAGGCAGGAUACACCCUGGACGGAGUAAUGUAGUAUAUAUGAAUGGAAAAGUACUGAAUAUGAGCUCAAAUAUUAUUUACACCCAAAUAUGGUGAAUGGUGUAGGAAUUACAGCACUUUUUUUAUGUGGCCCCCCAUUUUAAAAGAUCAGAAAUUAAAGAAGUUGGCUGUUCCCCUGCUCCAUGGUCUGAGUGUGGGGUUUUUUGUGAUUCCAUUAAUUCACUUACAAGUAAGUAGAUAAAAGGUCUAAAGUUAAUUUUAAUUGUGUAUUUACAUUUAUGAAAGUUGUUGGAUAAUUGUAAACAUGAAAACCAGGCUCAUAAUUACCCUGUUAAUUAUUUAAUUGUUUUCAAUAACACCAAAAAACUCCUGAAUUGAAUUUGUGAACUAGAAUGCGGAUGUGAUUUUGCUAGAGACUGCAAUGGGUAUCUGCCAAAUGAAGUAAACUGUUACAAUGGGACUGUUUAUGAGCCAAGAUAAACGAAUGAUUUAAAGUCAAGAAAGAAUUAACAUUACUUUCUCUUGUGUAAAUUUGCAAACAUUCAAGAGCAUGAUUAGGAUAUGGAUGGUCUACCAAAAUAAAAUAAUUUUCAUGAAUACCAAA